AUGGAAGAGAACACAAUCAAUUCUUUCACAGAAGAACAAGAAGCUCUUGUGGUGAAGUCAUGGAAUGCAAUCAAGAAAGACUCAGGAGAUCUCAGUCUCAAAUUUUUCACCAAAAUACUAGAGAUUGCUCCACCAGCUAAGCAAUUGUUCUCCUUCUUAAAAGAUUCAAAUGUUCCUUUAGACCAAAAUCCUAAGCUCAAACCUCAUGCCAUGUCUGUCUUUCUCAUGACAUGUGAAUCAGCAGUUCAACUCCGGAAAGCUGGUAAAGUGACAGUGAGAGAAUCAAAUUUGAAGAAGUUAGGUGCCAUUCAUUUCAAAUCUGGUGUACAAGAUGAACAUUUUGAUGUAACAAAGCAAGCACUUUUGGAGACAAUAGAAGAAGCAGUGCCUGAAAUGUGGUCAGAAGCUAUGAAAAAUGCAUGGGGAGAAGCUCAUGAUCAGUUGGCCAUUGCAAUCAAAGCUGAAAUGAAAAAAGCUGGACAAGAUCAGAAUGGCAUUAAUAUUGAAGACAAAUCCAAACCAUCCUGUUAG